CCCAUUAGGUACCAUUCUUCUUUCUCUCCCCAGUCUGUGUCUCUCACAAAACAAAAAUGUCGGACUAUUUCCCCGGAGAAGUGCUUAUUGAAAUCCUCUCCAAACUCCCCGCGAAAUCUCUCCUCCGAUUCAGGUGCGUGUCUAAAUCGUGGAGCUCCCUCAUCUCAUCCUCCGAUUUCAUUACCACCCACCUCACUCACUCCACCACCACACCCCCCCAGCUCCUCAUCAAGCAUUUCUCUCUCACUUCCAACCAAGAAAACUACUCUCUCUACUCGGACUCCUCCGCAACCCUCGAAAACCCUCUCUAUUUCAAAUGCCCAUUCAAACCCAGAUCCAAAACCUUCUUCAGGCUGGUCUCAACCUGCCACGGCUUGCUCUGUCUCUCCGAUGACUUGUUUGGCUACGCCUACACACUCAUACUAUGGAACCCUUCAAUCCGAAAAUACUUCACUCUUCCCAAACCUCGGGUCUGCUUCGACACACACGGCCCUUAUAUGUUCUCUCUGGGGUUUGGUUUCGACCUCAAAACCAAGGACUACAAGGUGGUUCGAAUCGCUUAUUUGCAACAUAAACCGGGUUCAUGGGAACCCAGUGCUGGUGUGGAUUCUCUGAUGUAUGGAACUGAAAAGGGUUACCUCGUUCCUCCUGAGGUCGAGGUAUUUUCUCUCAGUACCGGUUCUUGGAAACCCAUAAACUCUAAUGUUCCACCCUAUAAUAUGGUGGAGUAUUGUUGGUCUUCUGUUUUCGUGAAUGGGACGAUUCAUUGGCUAGGGUAUUCUCAUAGAAAGGACCGGGACCAUAGUUAUUGCAAUGUGAUAAUGGGGUUUAAUGUGGGUGAUGAGAUUUUGAAGGAUAUAAAUUUGCCCAAGUUGUUGGUCUAUGCGUACCCUCUCAAUUUAUCGAUUUCGGUUUGUGGGGAAAUGAUAACAGUGUUUCAAUAUGACAAUAGGCUGAAGAGUAAAAGGUGUUAUGUGUGGAUUAUGAAAGAGUAUGGUGUGGUCGAGUCUUGGAGCAAGCAAUUCACUAUUGAGAUACCAGGUCUAGGUAGAGGGGUGUCUCUUGGUUUUAGGACGACUGGUGAGCUGUUGAUCGCUAGAAGUGAUGGAAAACUGGUUUUGUAUAAUCCCAAGAGCAAGGGUGUGAAAAAGAAAGGGAUUCGUGGUGGUAGAGACUCCUAUUAUGUGGGGAAUUAUGUGGAGAGCCUUGUAUUGUUGGAUAGAGGAUCGCAGAUGGAUUCUUAUGAUGAGGCUAUGUUUGAGGAAGAACCUAAUAUCAGUGGAGAAGAUGGAGCCAUGGCUGAUUUGCUUGAACGGAAUUCAUUCAUGCAUUAUGCUUUUGCGGCUGUUUUUCUCAAUCACUGAUAUAUCUUACUGUAGAUUUUGUGGUAUAGACUUAGCUACCUAUAAACCUCAAAUCCAAGCAUUGCCUUGCUAUGUCUCUUUUGAUUGGUGAUGUUUUAGUGUCUGCUAUACUAUUAGGAUUUCUACUGUUUCUUUUGUUUGGUAUCUAGACAUGAUGAUAAGAAAACAAUGUUAUAGUAUCAAGUGUCCCUGUGGGUAAUAGAUAAAUGUUAGUAUAUGGUACUACUCUGCUUUCUUUUUUGAGUGCAAUGUUCUAUGA